CUACAGCAAUGUGAUAAUAAGCAGUAAUGACACUGCAACACUGCAGUAAUAAGCAGUAAUCACUCUACGGCAAUGUGGUAAUAAGCAGUAAUAACACUCUGUAGCACUGCAGUAAUAAGCAGUAAUGACACUUCCCGGUCCUCUGCCCACCUUGCCCAGGGUGCGGAAGCUGGUCACGGAGUUCGAGCCGGACGUGCACGAGGUGUCCCGGAUCUUCCGCUCGGUGCUGCGGGACUCCCUGGAGGAGGAGGAGGAGAGGGAGGAGCGCCGCCUGCAGAGCCGCUGGGAGAAGCGGCGGAGCAAGAGCCUGUCGCUGGUCUCCUUCAAGUCCCGCCUGCGCGUCAACCCCUUCCGGGGCGCGGGCUCCGCGCUGCCCGAGGACGAGCUGUGGCGCGGCGAGGAGGAGGCGGGGCUGGGCCUGGCGCGCAGGGUGCGGAGCAUGCCCGAGAUCACGCCCCUCGAGGAGAGGGCAGCGCAGUCCUGAAGGCGCUGGCGACGCUCUCGCUCGGGGUCGGGGGUUAGGGGUCAGAGGUCGGGGGGUUGGGGGUGAGGGGUCAGCGGGUGGGGGGGCGGGACCUCCUCUCCAGCUGGCUGCACGGUCCGCGUGCAGCAGGGAGGGGAAGUCCCGCCCCUGCAGGCGUCUCAGGUGUUUCCCAAUUAGCAGCUGACGGGGCCCGGAAAGCAGCGGCUCUGACUUCUCAUCCCAGCAGUCCGUCGAGCCACCAUGAACGGUCCUGCGCGUGCUGCAGCCCCUUCUUCCCCAGCGUGAGCCCCUGGGUUACCUGCUCAAGGGGUUAAUCGAACAGGACGUUCAGGGCGCCGGUCGCUCCAGACACCAGCGAUGGAAACGAUCGCAGGGGGCUGUAGAGGACCCCCCCCGCGCCCCAGAACCCCCACAGUAACACGAGACUGUGAGCAGGCUGGCAGGUGGCUAUGGAAGAGCUCGUUAAGGGCUGAUUGACCCCCCGUCCCCCUGAGACCAAGCCUGCACUGACGCCCCUCAGGGCUGGGGAUCGAGGGCACCCCCUUCUCCUCUCUGGGCAAGGGGUGGGAAUUUUACAGAUGUCAAUAACGAGAUGCUGUUGAAAAUAAAGGAAAUAGUUGAAAUAAAUGUA